AUGGAUAAGCUGUACCUCGUGGGGAGCAACUUAUGGACGAUCAACAGCUCGCUGGGGAACGGCAGCCUGGUGCUGGAGAACCAGACGUCCAAGAGGAACAGCACCACCGACCCGCUGAAGAGGAACGAGGACAUGGCCAAGGUGGAGGUGACGGUGCUCUGCCUCAUCCUGUUCCUGGCCCUGAGCGGCAAUCUCUGCGUGCUGCUGGCCAUCCACACCACGCGGCAGAAGCACGCCCGCAUGUACUACUUCAUGAAGCACUUGAGCAUUGCUGACCUGGUGGUGGCCGUCUUCCAGGUGCUGCCCCAGCUCAUCUGGGACAUCACCUUCAGGUUUUACGGGCCGGACUUCCUCUGCCGCCUGAUCAAGUACCUGCAGGUGGUGGGGAUGUUCGCGUCCACCUAUAUGCUCCUGCUGAUGUCCCUGGACCGCUGCUUGGCCAUCUGUCAGCCGCUGAGGUCUCUGCACAGGAGAGCUGACCGCGUCUCCGUCCUCCUCACCUGGCUGCUCUGCCUGCUGGUCAGCAUCCCUCAGAUCCACAUAUUUUCCCUGCGGGAUGUGGGUAAUGGGGUCUAUGACUGCUGGGCAGACUUUAUCCAGCCCUGGGGCCCCAAAGCCUACGUGACCUGGAUCACGCUCAUGGUGUACAUCAUCCCGGUGCUGAUGCUGAGCAUCUGCUACGGCCUCAUCAGUUUCAAAAUCUGGCAGAACGUGAAGCUCAAAACGGCUCACGGGCCCAGCAUGAGCCUGAGCUCCAGCUCCCGCGGCGGGACGGCCUUUGCCAGGGUGAGCAGCAUCCGGCUCAUCUCCAAAGCCAAGAUCCGGACAGUCAAAAUGACCUUCAUCAUAGUGCUAGCUUUCGUAGUGUGCUGGACUCCCUUCUUCUUCGUGCAGAUGUGGUCCGUGUGGGACACGAACGCGCCGCACGAAGGUACGUCCUCUCCUUCCCUGCCUGCAG